CCUCCUGAAACAUUAAUUAUUGAAAUGGCAUAGCCGAUAGAGAAGUCAUUGUCUCUAAAUGAAGCAUCGAAUUUAAUAAUCCAUUCAAAAUUUUGUUCACACACAGAACUCAGGGAACUCUGAAGGUUCUUAGAAGAGCAGAAUGGCCUAUUGGUAGGAAUGCAUACAAAAUCUUUUUGAAUUUUUGAAACCAGUAAUCCUUUCUCUCAAGUUUCUUCGUUCUCAUCUUCUAUUUUCUCUCGGCUAAAAAUACCACCAAACUUCUAAGACCUGUAAAAGCAUCAAAAUCAUCAAGGAGGUCGAAGAAGAUAGUAGCGGUUAAGUUAUGAAGUUCCUGCGGCCGGGAGUAUUGAACUGUAAUGCAUAGAUAUGGUCAGUGCUAAUAAAAUGUCAGCAAGCUAGGGUAUGGUACCAUCCUCCAGGAGUAUUGAACUGUAAUGCAUUGAUGGUCAGGGUUUGUUGUUGAAUGGCGACUUUUGAACUAUAUAGAAGGUCUACAAUUGGGAUGUGUUUGACUGAAACUCUUGAUGAGAUGGUUUCUAAUGGAACUCUUAGUCCUGAACUUGCUAUUCAAAUUCUUAUCCAAUUUGAUAAAUCUAUGACUGAAGCUUUGGAAACUCAGGUUAAGAGCAAAGUCACAAUCAAGGGACAUCUGCACACCUACAGGUUCUGCGACAAUGUAUGGACCUUUAUCUUGCAAGAUGCGUUGUUUAAGAACGAGGAGUGCCAAGAGAAUGUUGGCAAGGUUAAAAUUGUUGCAUGCGACUCCAAGUUGCUCACUCAAUGAGUUCAGAUAGACUAUUUUAUCUUUCUGCGUUGUUUUUAAUGACACAUUGCAUUGUGUUAAAAAAAGCCAACAUUACCCUUCCACUUAGCAAAUUUCUUAAUUCGUAGACAUGUCAAGAAGGGAGAGGUAGGUAGCCAAAUGUAUGGGAGAGACGUGCGUAGUCCAACAUGUAAAGCUUGCUACGCAGCCAGCAACUUUAUAGACUAUUUACUCCUAAAUCUAGGAUUAUUGUCAUCCACAAAGGGUUAUUGAAAGAUGAUGAAACCAUGCCAUUCAAGUUCAACGUUAUCCAAUUGCUUGUAUGCUGAAUAGCUCUGAAUUUUGAAGAAAAUCAAAUGUACAGAGUGAUGUCCGACUGAGUAAGACGACUGAGUUGUUAAGAAUAGGUGGGGUAUUUGCAAGGCUGGGUGGUAAUAAUAACUUUGACCGUGGUCUUCUCUAUUAUUAUUUCUGAGCAUUUGACCAUCGUCUUCUUUUUAUUCUUCUUCUUCGUUCUUUCUCUGUAUCAUGAAUUCAUUUCUCUGCAACAAAAUUUGGACUCGAUUGAUGA